CCCACCACACCAGUGGAAAACAUCUACAGUCAGGCAAAAUGGUUAAAUGGUCAGACUUUGAGCGCUCCACCAUCCAGGACAUCUUCGCCAAAAUCGAUAAAAAUGUCGUGGGACCUGCAGCUCUUACCAGGUGUCUGACUGUCUACCCCUGGACUCAGAGAUACUUUGGUGGUUUUGGAAACCUCUACAAUGCUGACGCCAUAGCAGCAAAUCCCAAAGUGGCCGCUCAUGGAAAAGUCGUCCUCAACAGUCUGGAAAAUGGUGUGAAGAACCUGGAUGACUUGAAGAAUUUCUACAAGGACUUGAGUGUGCUUCACUCUGAGAAACUGCAAGUGGAUCCUGACAAUUUCAAGCUCCUGACUGACUGCAUCACCGUGGUUGUUGCCGGUCAGCUGGGUAAAGCCUUCACUCCUGAAGUCCACGCAGCUUUCAGCAAGUUCCUGGCUGUGGUGGUGGCCUCUCUGAGGAAGCAGUACUACUAGAGCUUCAGCAGAAGACACUCUGGCUCUUUUGUGUGUUUUAAUCAUGUCUCAGGAGGAGGAAACUAGUAAAUAAAAUGUUGUGCAAAAAAAAAAAA